UCUAGCAUCCUAUCCUUGUGAUUAAACUGUCGAUCGGUUAUCUUGUUCUCUAGCUCUGAUCCAUUAGCGGCUUAGCGCUGAACCAUCUGUCGUAGAUCAGUCGAUAUAGUGCGGUGCAUCCCUGUAGAUUGCACUUGGAUGCUGCUGUUUAUGCAGAUCUUCGUGAAGAGCCUCACCGGCAAGACUAUCACCCUUGAGGUGGAGUCCUCUGACACCAUCGACAAUGGUAAGGCAAAGAUCCAGGACAAGGAGGGCAUCCCGCCGGAUCAGCAGCGCCUGAUCUUCGCCGGCAAGCAGCUCGAGGACGGCCGCACGCUCGCCGAUUACAACAUUCAGAAGGAGUCCACUCUGCACCUGGUGCUCCGCCUCCGUGGUGGCCAGCGAGUCGUUUGGACGUCGUGUCAUCGUGUGUUACUGCUGUCAGUGUUUUAGUCCAAUUUUUUUGUCCUAUAUUUUGUGUAUGAACAUCUGCUGCUGUAAUAGCAGCGUGGUCUCUAUUUUGUUUGAAGUGGCAGUGUAGA